GUCAAGGGGCUCGUGAAAUCCAGCCGCCAGCUGGAAUCUGAUCAAGCUGCAACCCGAGCCUCACGCGUCGUCACCCGCAGCUAUUGGCUUACCUCCAUACACUCACUUCCUUUUCCUUCGCCACCAAGAAAAUAUUUUGACUCCUUUUCAUUUUCAAACACCAUAAAGUUUCCACCUUGGAUAUGAAUAAGAAAAUCUCAGACAGAAUUUCUCUAGUGGGCAAAAAUAUCUAGCCUGCUCGGGGCCCCAACUGCCUCCUACUACGCAAAAUAUGGAACCGGAGCCACAAUUCGGAUCCCAACUGUUUCAAGUUCAACGAAAGGAACUGCCGGGAAACAACCCAAAAUCUCUUGAGUCGGCGAGCACUUUAUCUUUCGCUCUCAUGUACCAGUUCCAGGUUGCUAUCUUCCCUGGUAAACACCAAGGGGCUCGUCAGUUACCUGCCACCAACGACACCACCGACAAAGAGACCAUUGGCUAUGCUCGAAUGAGGAAAAAAGACCCGAUCAUCCACCGCCUUUCUCAGAAGAUUUUUUAUCAAACAGUUGGUCGGCAAUCUUUUUAUAAAGCCCGUCGAGUUAAUCCAAAUCAACUCUCUAUUAAUCCUUCCUCUCUCUCGCUCUCUCUUUCUCUUAUUUUAAUCAGAAUCUCCCGUUUUGCUGAACAUAUUGUCAGUAGAUGAAUCCAGAGGAGGAGCCAGCUUCAAAAUCUCCUCAUAAAUCUUCUGCUUCUGCCACUGGGACUUCAGUUAAACCCGAAAUGAUACCUCCGUCGCAACCGGCGACUGUGAGUUCUCAACAAUUUCCUUUUGGGUCUCUGUUCGUGGAAACAGCAAUGGGUUUCUCUGGGUCUCCUUUGUCUUCUCCUUUCUCUUCUCCUAUGAUGGAGUUCGAGGGCCUUUCCGCGGUGCACCCACAGCAAUCCCCUACUUCUUCUUCGCAUAUGUUCGAAUUCGAGGCAAUCCCAGUUGGGGAAACCGCUCAAAACUUGCCGUUAUCCUCUGCCGAAGAAACCGCGAGUUUUGGUGUGCCUCAGCCUUUGGAGUGCUUGCAAGGCAACCCGGUGCCGCCAUUUUUGUCUAAGACUUUUGAUCUGGUGAAUGAUCCGGACCUGGAUCGCAUAAUAUCCUGGGGCCCAAGUGGAGAGAGCUUCGUGGUAUGGGACCCGUUGGAGUUCGCGCGGUUCACACUUCCUCGAAAUUUCAAGCACAACAAUUUCUCCAGUUUUGUUCGGCAGCUUAAUACUUAUGGCUUUCGCAAGAUUGAUACUGAUAGGUGGGAAUUUGCAAAUGAAGCUUUCCGGCGAGGGAGAAAGAAUCUUCUCAAGAACAUUCAAAGGCGAAGGUCACCUCAAUCCCAACAGGUUUGCAGCUCCGUUGGUCCUUCAGAGGCAGGGAGAUCCGAAUUAGAAGGUGAGGUGGAAAAGUUGAGAAAAGAGAGGAGUAUCCUAAUGCAGGAAGUACUUGAACUGCAGCAGCAACACCAAGGAACAGUUCACCACGUGGAAGUUGUUAAGCAGAGGCUUCAGAAUGCUGAAAGAAGGCAGAGGCAAAUGUUAUCAUUCUUGGCAAAAUUAUUCCAAAAUCCAGCUUUUUUAGCCCGUCUCAAGGAGAAGAAAGAUCAGGAAGACGCUGGCUCUUCAAGGAUGAGGAAGAAGUUCAUAAAGCAUCAGCAAUCAGAACCUUCCUCCGAAAGGCAGAUUGUGAAGUACAUAACUAACUGGAGCAACCUUGCUAUGUCUUCUCCAGCAUUGGAUUCAAGUAAAUUUUCUGUGGCGCUAUCUCCUGAUAAAUUCAUGCAAGGUACAGUAGGAAUGGACUUAGGGUCAGAACAAAUACCGUUUCAAGUCAAGGACAUUCCUUCAGAAGAAUUAACUGUCCCAGAUGAGUUGGUGCUAACACAAGGAUCCAUCGAAACACUAGAUCAGUUUGGAGAAGGGUUAUCAAGCUUCGGAAGGGAAGAUCCUCAUUCCAAAGGAAAGAAGGUAGCGAGCCCACAACAGGAGACCUAUCUUGAUUAUUUUAUCUCUUUCCCAGAGGAUUUGGUGGAGAAGAAGACUACUCCAGAGUUCCCAUCUGUUGGAACUGAAAGCAUUGCGAAGCUAGACGAUGGAUGGAGCAUUGGUUUCAAUGCCAGUCUCGGCAUGUCAAAUUCUAGCGAGGAGUUAUGGAGUAACCUUGAAAACUACAAUCUGCCGGAGUUGGGAACUACAAGUGGAUUCCCCGAUAACUGGUAUUUGGGGCCUGAACAAGCUGCAGAAGGUUCAGGAUGUGCUGAUGAAUCUACUCUUGAUGAACCUGACAGUCAGGCAGGCUAGCAAAAAGAUGAUAGGUCUUAAGGGGAUGGUUCUUUAGGCUUCAGUUGCUUCUAUGCUGGCAGCUAGCUACCCUUCUGGAUUUUAAUUAUUCUCAAUUAAUAGGGUCUAUUAACUAGUUGGACAAUCACAUAUAAAUAUUUUUACUUGAAUAUAAAUUUUUUCCCCCUAAUUAUCUAACUCUUUUAUCUCUAUUCCUUGUAGUUUAGAUUGUGUUGCAAGUUUAGAUUCCUUUUGUGAGCUUCUACCAUAUUCAUUUUCUCAUGCUGAGCAAUUUGUGCUGUCUUGUUAGCUGCAUUUGGUCUGCUGGUUUUCCUGCUGAUGUAUAGUUGUUAGUUGUGAUUA